UUAAAUACGUCACGACCGUCCUGUCUGCGAAACAGCGCGUACGACCCGAACACGGUUAAUAACAUACUCCGGUUCGCGGACAUGAAAGCGAGAUCCGCGUAAGCGUGAGGCGAUCGUUCUGUACGGACGCGCUCUUUCAGGAUCGACGCUCCCCGGAUUCGGCGAUGGACCGCGGCGGGUGUCGGUUGAGCGGCGGCGGUGGAGGCGGCAUGAUCACGCUGGAGGAGCUGGAGUCUGUGUCGGAGGAGCAGCUGUCGGACAGCCCCGAGGAGCAGCAGCAGGAGCAGGAGGAGGAGGAGAGGCUCCUGCAGUACUGGAGGGAUGUGGCGCGCGGACACCAGGUGGAGGUGCCGACAGACAUGGCCGAACCCAUCCAUCAGAUCACCACCAAUAAUGAGGGCACACACGUGCGGGAGCAGGUUCCCUACACACUAAUCACACGCAAGGAGAAGUGCGGCGAGGUGGUGUUGGAGAAGCGUCACUAUGAGAAAGCGCACUGGGCCUGUAUCACCGUUCACGAGGACACGUAUGAACAGAGCAUCUGCUACGGCUUCAUGAAGAUCAUGAGAUACAUCUGCCAGCAGAACUCAGCAGGCAGUUAUCUGGGCAUGACGAUCCCCAUCGUGACGGUGGUGCACACCGAUGAGAUGCACAGGACUCUGUCGCGGGCCGUGACCGUAGCGUAUUACCUGCCCCCCCGGCACCAGAGCGAGCCGCCGCGGCCGCACGACCCAGAGAUCACCAUCGAGCACUGGCCCGCCGCUAUCAUCUACACCCGGCCGUUCACGGGCGCCACUAACGAGCUGACCAUCAUCCACGAGAUCAGCGGUCUGGCCGAGGCUCUGGAGCGUCCGGCCGUCAGCGACUCCUUCAUCGUGGCCGGAUACACCAACCCCGCGGCGGCCCACCGGCAGAACGAGAUCUGGAUCCUGGAGCGGCCCUGAGCCUCCUCUACCCACAAUCCUCUGCACCUCUCAGACAGCUGCUGAACACGCUUCUGUGUCACACUGAUUAUAAGCUACACAAACUGGACGUCAGUCGCUCGGUGAAGCACUGUUGCUGUAAGACAAUCAUCACGUACCUCCCGUCUGUCUGUCUCUCGCUCUAGAAUCAACGCUCAUGAUAAUCAACAAAUCCAUACAAUAGAUGCAGAUAUAUAUAUUGUCAUAGUGCUAUUUUGUUAAGUAUUUUUGUAAACUUACAGCUGGAAGCUGAGAUGUCAAACUCAAUGAGAGUUUUCUGAAUGAAGUGAAUGAGCUGAUCUGUGAUCAGGGUUCGACGGCUGUGAAUGUAAACGCUUGUCUGUCCUCCGCAUAAACACUACAGCCACUGUGAGCUUCUGUUCUGAUCUGAAUAAACUACUGCUGACCGCAGCCUCCUCACUGCACUGUACAGAACAAACCAGCCGUGAUGACUGACCUAACCUAACCUAACCGCCACACUCAAUCCUGUUACUUCCGUCUCGGGUUCCUUGGCACAUCUGUAUAAACCUGAAUGUAAUCAUUAUACUUUUCCGCUAUCCGAUUGUUGAAGACCAGUUUUAGAUUUAUACCUUCCUUUGCCCUCCUUUUUCCCUCGAACACAAACCAAUCUACCUUCCAGGGAGCCGUCUCUGGAUAAACUACUGUGCAACUUAUCCUCGAAUUAAAAACUUUAGCGGUGUCAUUACCAAUCAGCUCUCCUGCAACAUUGCCUUAGUAGGACGUGAAUCAUGCCCUUGUAAACCUGCCCAAUAAUACUUUCUCUAAAUCUCUCCCAUACGAUUGAAUUCUGUCUCCGGUGAAGAAGACUGACUGAGUCUCUAUAGAAACCCUAAAGCCCCAGUUAUAGCCCCGCUCCACCACUAUAUACAUCACUUUCUCCCUGUUUUCUCCUAGUGACAUAUUCCUUCCUUUCUUCCACAGCGUCCCAUCGUCUGCGAACAAAGACCUUCCUAUAUCUUCUGGAACGGUUCCAAAUACGUCACUGAUCAUAACAAUGAAAAGUAUUGGUCUUAUCACACUGCCUUGUGGUGUGCCACUAUCAACUAUCUUUGAUCCAGUUAAACAUUCUUCCUUCAACCCCUAUCUUACUUAGUUUGAUUAACAACCCGUCCUUCCACAUCAUGUCGUAGGCUUUGUUUUAAAUCUUCAUUUUAACCAUAUACAGAAACUCCGGGUUUAUGGGAAGUCGUUGUGGAGCAGUUUGGUGUAACGUUACUUGUUGGAUUCGUGUUGGUCAGAUGAAGUCUGAGCAUUGAAACAUACACAACUAAUAUAAACUCCGCUGCUUUUGCUCCUGCUUCUGCUCUUCUCUGGCUCGACUCGGGCCGCUCUGGACUGUUAAUACAGCUUCAGCAACCAGACAGGACUUGCUGUGAACAGGUUUUGGGGAUCAGGCUAGUUGUUCUGUUUCCAGACACAUCUGAGAUGUUCUGACCGGAUCUAGCGUAUCUGAUAUUUACACACACUAGUUAUUUAUU